AUGACUACCGCAGCCAAAGACGAGUCGCUACUAGACAUUGGACGGCUAUGUUCCGUCUGCCAGAGAGUGGACUUUCUCCCGUUUACCUGUCCGCAUUGUUCGACGUCGUUUUGCACAGACCACAGAUUGGACUUCAAUGAGCACAACUGCAGGGUUUCAAAGGUGACGAGACCAACCAUGAAAUCCACAAGCAACGUCACGUCGGCAUCUUUGUUCCCAGAUCUGGAGAAAAUACGAAAACAAGCAGAAGCAGACCACAAACAGAAACAGACACUCGCCUCCACAACGAACCAUGCGGCACUGAAAAAGCUCAAGGCGUUCAUCUCGUACCACAAAUCGAAAUCGAAGCCGUUCUUCCGCAUUAAGAAAGACACUCCGGCCUCGCGGAUGGUGGAAAUGUCAAAAUUGAAAAACCAAGCAGUUGGGGAUCCCAAGAUCCCCGCAUCUGAGCGCGUGUAUAUUUUUUGCCAAUACGUGCCCGAUGAGUCUAAAUUUGGUGACGCGCAUUUGACCGAGCAAAAAGCAAUAUUUGUCUCGAAAUCUUGGCCUGUGGGGAGGCUGCUUGAUUCCGCGGCGGACUUGCUCAAGAUCCGAAAUGAUAAUAAUAGAACCACCGAAAGCAUGAGAAAACUUACAAUUUUCCGACGCCGCCGAAGGGAUGAAGCGGAGACGGAGGAGUACGUUUACGUGCCCGCGAACGGAAGAGUGGUGAGGGAAGUCUGCGAUGGUGACGUGGUAUACAUCGUGAGGGGCGCGCAGGUGUGA